AUGGCUUCGACUAGUAUUGGAUAUGGACAAAGCAAGCUAGUGGCUGAAAAGCUCCUUGAAUCAGCUAGAGACUCUGGCCUCGAAAGCUGCAGUAUUCGACUUGGACAGCUUGUCGGGGAUGUCAAGAGUGGUGCAUGGUCAACAACAGAUUGGGUCCCUUCGCUCAUCGCCUCUUCCGUUUCAAUAGGUAGCCUGCCGAGGGCCGUCGGGACUGUCUCGUGGCUUCCACUUGAUGUGGCUGCCCGUUCAAUUAUCGAUACAUGUGUUAACAGGAACAAAGUCCUACCUCAAGUGAUGCACACCUCACACCCUCGACCUGUACCUUGGGUGGAUAUCAUGAAUGCACUCUCGGCAUCGCUCGUGCCACUCGUGAACUCUCAACUGCCUCUCGUGGGCUUCGAAGAAUGGAAUAAGCGUGUAGCCGAAGCUGCAGAAUCGUUCAAAGGAUCCGACAGUGAUCGAUACAAGCGAUUCCCAAGCACUAAAAUCCAAAGCACUAUUGACGGUAUGGUGCUCGCCGAUAAGGCGCUUCAGUCUCACGAGGAGGUGGAGCAUGUAGAGUCGUGUGGAACUGUGCGGCUGAAUACCAAGGUAGCCGAAGAGUUUAGUCGGGUUUUAGAAACCACACCGCAGCUUGGAGAUGAGCAUUAA